AUGCGUGUCAUCCAAGCCUUUCAAAUCGUGCUGGUGACCAUGAUGUUACCGCUUGCAAGCAGCAAUGGUUUCGCCGCUGAAAUUGCUGCAUCUGACUCGACUCGCAACUUGAUGUCCUUUGAAAAAGACGUUACACCGAACAAAUUGGUCAAGUCUCGCGAGCCGAUUGCGAAUACGGAAGAACGAGUAGCGCCCAUCACUGUAAUUGGAUUCACGCCAACCCACAGUCAAGCAAAGCGCGAUGGCAAGAAGCGAGUUGUGACCAAGUUCCAAAACAAGGGUGUCCUGCAACGACUUAAACACUGGUUUACGUUUCGUCGACUACGAACAGUAGCGCUCUGA